CUGGAGCCCCUGCUUUCCUAACCGCUAAGUUAAGAGUCUUGUUUGAGCUGACUCCCUGGCCAGACCUUUUUCAGACCUACAGGACUAAAUUCACUCAGCCCAUCUGCCUGGCAGUCUGUAUCCCUACUAAAGUUUAAAAAGUCAGUGUUUAAUAGAUUUGGAAAGCAACACCAUCUGAGGAUAGUUGCAGAUUUGUGCUGUUUCCUUUAGGUUAAAAUGAAAGGGUAUGUCCUAUGAGUGAUAGUAGGAACAGUGGCCCUCCAAGUAGUUGUACUGAGCCAGUACUGACAGAAAAAGGAAAAGGCUGUCAAGGUGACUUGGCGAGAGUGGACAGGACCUUAGAGAGCCCUUCCUGCAACCUUGAAUUAGAGCUGGGCCCUAAGCACAGGUCCUGAAGUCGGGAAGGCUUGGGCGCGCAGCGGGAGCUGCGACCAGGUUCGUGCCGCGUUGAACGCAGCCAGGGUGCGCCUCCGGGUUCCCGCGGCGGGGUGUGGGAGGUCAGGAUCAGGUUCAGACGUGGUCCUGCAUGUUGGGUUAACGGAGACUACCAUCGUUCGGGGCGGGGAAUGGCUCUGAGAGUUUUGAGCUUCUUUUAUGCAUCUCGACAUGGGCGUGUCUCUCAGUCAGCACGAUACCCUUCGGCACAACUGCCAGCUGCGGUGUUUAAAAUGUCAUCCGCACAAAACCCGGGAGGCCGGCCCUGGGUCGGAGCGCAUGGGCUGGGCGUCCAGCCGCGAUUUCCCUCGGGAUUCCACCAGGGCUGCAGCAGAAGGUGGAGAUGAGCCUGGGCGCGGCCGCCGGUUGCCCACCGGCUCGCUGCGCGCGCGGUCGCUUUAAGCGCCCCAGGUGCCGGGGGCCGGGAGCACGUGGCCUGGGCGGGGCCGGCGGGGCCUCCGGCUCGCUCUCGGGAGAAAGGGAGGGAGGGACGGAAGCAGAGGGAGGGAAGGGCGACCUACUUCCUGAAUAGCCUGCAAAGCCCGGGGCGAGCUUGGCUAGCACUGCGCGGAAAUGUCCAGAGGAUCAGCCUGGAGCCUGGCGAAGGGAAGCGCGCCCCCGGGGCCGGUCCCCGAGGGACUGAUCCGUCUCUGCGGCAUGAGGUUUUGCCCGUUCGCCGAGAGGACACUCCUGGUCCUGAAGGCCAAGGGGACCAGGCAUGAAGUCAUCAACAUCAACCUGAAAGAUAAGCCUGAAUGGUUCUUUAAGAAGAAUCCCUCUGGUUUGGUACCAGUUCUGGAAAAUAGUCAGGGGCAUCUGAUCUACGAAUCUACCAUCACUUAUACCGUCUUUGGUAAACUGCUCUGGCCUGAAAGAAGAGUUCAACAAGCUAGAGGAGGUUCUGACCAAAAGAAGACAACUUUCUUUGGUGGCAGUUCUCUUUCUAUGACUGAUUAUCUCAUCUGGCCCUGGUUUGAAUGGUUGGAAGCUCUGGAGUUAAACAAGUGUGUAGACCACACUCCAAAACUUAAGCUCUGGAUGGCAGCCAUGAAGGAAGAUCCCACAGUAUCGGCCCUCCUCACUGAUGGAAAGGCCUUGCAAGGUUUCUUAGAUCUCUACUUGCAGAACAGCCCCCAGGCCUGUGACUGUGGGCUCUGAUGGGGGCAGGAGUCAGCAAUGAAGAUUAUGUCCAAUUUUUCCUUCACUAAUACAAGUAAUAACAUGCUUUAAUUUUA